AUGUCCAGAUACAACUACAUCUUUAUUUUGACGACCAUGUUCGCUUUUCUCGACGCAUGGAACAUUGGCGCCAACGAUGUGGCCAAUUCCUUUGCCAGCUCCGUGUCCUCGAGGUCGCUGACGCUGAAGCAGGCCAUGGUCAUUGCAUCCUUUUGCGAGUUUGCCGGCAGUGUCUCGGUGGGCGACCGAGUCACCGAUACUCUGCGCACAAAGAUUGUCGACCCGCAUCUAUUCGACCACGCGCCGCAGGUGCUCCUGUUGGCCAUGAUGUGCACCAUCAUGGCCUCGUCUGUAUUUCUCACCGUGGCGACGAGAUAUGGCAUGCCAGUUUCCACCACCCACAGCGUCAUUGGCGGCUUAAUUGGCACGGCUACCGCAUCUGUCGGCAUCGACAAGGUAAACUGGGGAUGGCGAGGCGCGUCGCAAGUCUUUCUUGCUUGGAUUAUUGCACCUGGGAUUGCUGGAACUCUUGGCGCCACCGUCUUUCUUGUUACCAAACAGCUCGUCUUGAUUAAGCGAAACUCGGUUCGCCGAGCGUUUUGGUGUAUACCAUUCUUCAGCUUCCUGACCUUUGGAGCUGUAACGAUGUUACUUGUCUGGAAAGGCAUUCGUCACAUCAACAUCACAACUACGACGAUGCUUGUCGUCAUCUUUUCCGCUGCUGGAGGUGGUGCGCUGCUGCACGCAGCCUUUGUGAUGCCAUAUCUUUGGGUGCGCAUCAUUCGACAGGACUGGACACUAAAAUGGUACCAUGGUAUCGUAGGCCCGUUUCUGCUCAGGCGAGAUGCACCGCCGCCAACACCACACGGUUUCAAAAAGUCCGUCAUCAAAGAUUACUAUCGUGGGCAUUUAAGCCCAGAGGAGCUCGCCCACGUGCGCGCAUCAGAGACACUGCUGCAGUCAGUACAGAUGCAUGGAGCCAACGGGCCACCAGAGCUCGACAAGGACGACGACUUGAUUCUGCCACCAGCAGCUCAGGAUUCUUCGAUACCACCACGGCCAACAUGUACUGCGAGCGAUAGCCUCGUCCCCCCUCGGCCAGAGGGCAGCUGGAAGAGCUUUGCAGUGAUUACCUGGCGCAUCAACCGCAUUCUUCUGCGGGGUAUCGAGAAAGACGUUAUUAGUAUGCAAAAGCGAAAUGCAGUCUUGAACUGGGACCUGACAGACAUGCAUUCGCGCGCGCCGCGCUUCGACAACCGCGCCGAGUACAUGUUCUCGUCGUUGCAGAUCCUCACAGCAGCAGCCGCAUCAUUCACGCACGGCGCCAACGACGUGUCCAACGCCAUUGCACCAUUUUCUACUGCGCUCGAUGUGUGGUCACACGGAGUUGUCAACGAUCAGGUCGAGGUGCCGAUUUGGGUGCUGUGCUUUGGGGGCGGCGCCAUCGUGCUCGGCCUGCUGACCUAUGGCUACCAUGUCAUGCGCACGCUUGGCAACCGCCUCACGCUGAUAUCGCCCACGCGUGGCUUCUGCAUGGAGCUGGCGACGGCCCUCACCGUCAUAAUCGCGACCAGGCUGCGACUGCCAGUGUCGACGACGCAGUGCAUCACGGGCGCCACGGUCGGCGUUGGGCUGGCGAAUGGAGACUGGCGCUGCAUCAACCCGAAGCUGGUUGGGUGGAUUUAUAUGGGAUGGGUAAUCACGGUACCCGUCACGGCCCUGAUAUCGGGCUGUUUGAUGGGGUUGGUAUUAAAUGCUCCAAGAUGGAGCUCAUGA